ACUAGUACUAGGCCAGUACUGGCACCACUCGUAGCCCAGAUCAAACGACCAAGUAGCCAGCGGGAGCACGAGAAAAAAAAAUCGAAGCGAAAAAAGCGGAGGUGAAAAGCUUGGGGGAGAAGAGGGGGGAGAGGAGAAGGGGAGGGAGCGCAGCAUAAAUCCCGAGCCCCAAAUCGCAAACCCUAGCCUCUCCCGAUCUGCAAUGCGGCGGGUGUGAGCGUGCGAGGGUGGGGGGAUGAGGCGGGUGGCGCCGGCGAUGAUCGCCGUCGGCGGCGCUGGCGGCGAGGAGACGGCGGAGGGGGCGGUCGUGGAGAAGACGCUGCAGAACGGCGACGUCUACCGCGGGGGAUUCUCCCAGGGCGCGCCGCACGGCAAGGGCAAGUACGUGUGGGCGGACGGCUGCAUGUACGAGGGGGAGUGGCGGAAGGGGAAGGCGUCCGGGAAGGGCCGGUUCUCGUGGCCAUCCGGGGCCACGUUCGAGGGGGAGUUUCGCGGCGGCCGGAUCGAGGGGCAGGGCGCGUUCGUCGGGCCCGACGGCGCCACCUACCGCGGCGCCUGGGUGGCGGACCGCCGCCACGGCGUGGGCGCCAAGAGCUACGCCAACGGGGACUACUACGAGGGCCAGUGGCGGCGCAACCUCCAGGACGGCCACGGUCGCUACGUCUGGGCCAACGGCAACCAGUACGUCGGGGAGUGGCGCGCCGGGGUGCUCUCCGGCCGCGGCGUGCUGAUCUGGGCCAAUGGGAGCCGCUACGACGGGGUCUGGGAGAACGGCGUGCCCAGGGGAACCGGGGUCUUCACCUGGCCCGACGGCAGCCGCUACGUCGGCUCCUGGCCUGGGACCUGCGUCGACCUGCCGGCCAUAAGCGGCACGUUCUUCGCGCCGGUGGGCGCGGGGGCUGCUGGUACGGUCAGGAAGAGGUCCUCCGUGGAGGGUGUGGGGGAGAAGGCGGCGCCGCGGAUCUGCAUCUGGGAGUCGGAGGGCGAAGCUGGGGACAUCACCUGCGACAUCGUCGACGCGCUCGAGGCUUCCAUGCUCUACAAGGAGGCUGCGGCCGUCGCAGGAGGAGCAACGUACAUGCGGGCACUGCCCCAGAGGAGUACCCGGCGAGCGGCCAGCGGAGUUCCACGCUGGGCGUCGUCCGCGGCCACCACGCCGGAGUGUAAGCGCCCCGGGCAGACCAUCUCCAAGGGACACAAGAAUUACGAGCUCAUGCUGCAACUGCAAUUGGGCAUCAGGCAUUCGGUGGGAAAGUCUGCAGCGGUGCCGAUGCGAGCUCUGAAACAGGCAGAUUUCGACCCGAAAGAGAAAUUCUGGACGCGAUUCCCACCGGAGGGUUCGAAGGUCACGCCGCCGCAUUCAUCUGCGGAGUUUCGGUGGAAGGACUACUGCCCCAUGGUGUUCAGGCAUUUGAGGAAGUUGUUUACUGUUGAUCCAGCGGAUUACAUGCUCGCCAUCUGUGGCAAUGAUGCUCUGAGGGAGCUGUCUUCACCCGGGAAAAGUGGGAGUUUCUUUUACCUUACCCAAGAUGACCGCUUCAUGAUUAAGACGGUGAAGAAAUCAGAAGUCAAGCUGCUAAUUCGAAUGUUAAAUAGCUACUACCAACAUGUCAGUCGGUACAACAACUCUUUAAUCACGAGGUUCUAUGGUGUACACUGUGUGAAGCCCCUUAAUGGACAGAAGGUCCGAUUUAUUGUCAUGGGUAAUCUGUUCUGUUCGGAAUACCGGAUUCAUCGCCGUUUUGAUUUGAAAGGUUCAUCCUAUGGCCGAACAGCAGACAAGUUUGAUGAUGAGAUUGAUGAGACAACCACUCUCAAGGACUUGGACCUCAACUUUGUCUUUCGCUUGCAGCGAUCUUGGUACAACGAUCUUCAUGAGCAACUGAGACGAGACUGCAAUUUUUUGGAAUCUGAAGGUAUUAUGGAUUACAGCUUCUUGGUAGGAGUUCACUUUUGUGAUGACAUCUCUGCCUCAAAGAUGGGCUCAUCUACGUUUACUGCUUCUCCAAAGCUUUUAACGAAGAGUGAGUCAUUUCAAGGUGGCGGCACACCAGAGCUGUGCUUCUCAGAUGAUGAUUUUGAUAUGAUACCUGAUUGCCGCCGGAAACCUUUGAUUAGACUGGGUUCACACAUGCCAGCCCGGGCAGAGCAAGCAUCCAGAAGGAGCGAGUUCGACCCGUAUCUCUUCACUGGUGGUGGUUUCCUGUUCCCAAACCAGACCGGUGAAGUGCACGACGUGAUUCUGUAUUUCGGGAUAAUUGACAUCCUCCAGGAUUAUGACAUCACAAAGAAGCUCGAGCAUGCUUACAAGUCAUUACAGACAGACCCCAACUCGAUCUCUGCUGUGGACCCGAAGCUCUACUCUAAGCGGUUUCAAGACUUCAUCGGCAGAAUUUUCGUGGAAGACGGCUAGUAGGCAUUGGGUGGAGAUGCAGCCUGAAUUCCAUGCGGAGGCCAGAGCACCUGCAAUGAUUCGGAGAUGGUUUGGACAGUUUGUUUUGUGUGCGGUAAAGCAGCCUCCACAUAAUCGCCAAGAAUCAUCUUCAUCCAUGGGGAUCCGGUAAAGCAGCUGCUCAUCUGCUGGACAAGUACCGUCGAGCCUCGAUCAACAGUGCAGGGGAUUUGAGUUUGAAGCAAACUUGCUGCUCAUUCGCUCUGGAAAUCAUCGAAGUGGCUGGAUUUUGAAGGGCAGCCAUGAGAUCGGAAGAUUUUGUCUGUAAAUUAUGUGAUUCGGCGGGUGAGAGAUUGGUUCUUCCAGCUCCGUUGUAGCAGUAGCUUUUUUUUUCCUCAAUUUUGGUAGAGGUUUUCUUUUCCAUUUUGGCCCCUUUUAUACAUCGGUCCGAUGUAAAGAAAGGGGUAGGGGGGUUUUGUUUCCAGAAAGAGGUUAUUUAAGGCUGCGGCAGGCAGUGAACAAUAAGAUCAUGUACAGAUACACCUUGAUCCUGAGAAUGGGUGGAUUAGAAUUCAAUUCGGCAUCUUCAUGA